CUCGCGAUAGGGGACCGGUGGGGCGGGGGUGGCACCUCUUCCCUCCUCGCGUUAGUUCCGGUGGCAGAGGAGAGACAGCCGCAGUUGUCGCCACAUCUGGAAAUUUUGGCCCUUUUCUCUUCGCCUUAAAUUCGGGUGUCUUUUAUGAAUAAUCAAAAGCAGCAAAAGCCAACGCUAUCAGGCCAGCGUUUUAAAACCAGAAAAAGAGAUGAAAAAGAGAGGUUUGACCCUACUCAGUUUCAAGACUGUAUUAUUCAAGGCUUAACUGAAACUGGUACUGAUUUGGAAGCAGUAGCAAAGUUUCUUGAUGCCUCUGGAGCAAAACUUGAUUACCGCCGAUAUGCAGAAACACUCUUUGACAUUCUGGUGGCCGGGGGAAUGCUGGCCCCAGGUGGUACAUUGGCAGAUGACAUGAUGCGUACAGAUGUCUGUGUGUUCGCAGCACAAGAAGACCUAGAGACCAUGCAAGCAUUUGCUCAGGUUUUUAACAAGUUAAUCAGGCGCUACAAAUACCUGGAGAAAGGUUUUGAAGAUGAAGUAAAAAAGCUGCUGCUGUUCUUAAAGGGUUUUUCGGAGUCGGAGAGGAACAAGCUGGCCAUGUUGACUGGUGUUCUUCUGGCUAAUGGAACACUUAAUGCAUCCAUUCUUAAUAGCCUUUAUAAUGAGAAUUUGGUUAAAGAAGGGGUUUCAGCAGCUUUUGCUGUAAAGCUCUUUAAAUCAUGGAUAAAUGAAAAAGAUAUCAAUGCAGUAGCUGCAAGUCUUCGGAAAGUCAGCAUGGAUAACAGACUGAUGGAACUUUUUCCCGCCAAUAAACAAAGUGUUGAACACUUCACAAAGUACUUUACUGAGGCAGGCUUAAAAGAGCUUUCAGAGUAUGUUCGGAAUCAGCAAACCAUAGGAGCGCGUAAGGAACUCCAGAAAGAGCUUCAAGAACAGAUGUCCCGUGGUGAUCCAUUUAAGGAUAUAAUUUUGUAUGUUAAGGAGGAGAUGAAAAAAAACAACAUCCCAGAACCCGUUGUCAUUGGAAUAGUCUGGUCCAGUGUAAUGAGCACCGUGGAAUGGAACAAAAAAGAGGAGCUUGUAGCAGAGCAAGCCAUCAAGCACUUGAAGCAAUACAGCCCUCUCCUUGCUGCCUUUACUACUCAAGGUCAGUCUGAGCUGACUCUGUUACUGAAGAUUCAGGAGUAUUGCUAUGAUAACAUUCAUUUCAUGAAAGCCUUCCAGAAAAUAGUGGUGCUUUUUUACAAAGCUGAAGUCCUGAGUGAAGAGCCCAUUCUGAAGUGGUAUAAAGAUGCACACGUUGCAAAGGGGAAAAGUGUCUUCCUUGAACAAAUGAAAAAGUUUGUGGAGUGGCUCAAAAAUGCCGAAGAAGAAUCUGAGUCUGAAGCUGAAGAAGGUGACUGAAUUUUGAAACUGCACCCUCAGUAAAGCAAACAGGAGUUGUAGAUAAAAUGUCAUGUCUCAUGUGUCCUGGUUCUUACAUCUUCCUACCUCCCUAUAUCAAGCAUGAUAUAAGGGCUUUCAUAGCAAAUUUUAUUUUAACUGUUUCUAUGGUUACUGGAAAUGUUGGGUUUAGUUUCUAAAACCAUGUUUUAAGUAGCUACAGGAGCUAUAGAUUUGAAUCUAAUGUUGCAUUAGUCUUUUCAGUUAUCUUCUACCUCCUGUAUUUUCUACUGUAAUAAUGUAAUUUAAGGCCUUCCACAAUGAACAGUUCACUUUUUUCCUGGGUUUUCUAUAUAAACAGUUUUCAAGAUAUGAUUUGGUUAAAAAUAAUUUGUUAUAAAAAUUCUGUUUGCAAAUUAAACUGUAAAAGUAUCCAAAGUCUCAAAAA